UCUGGGGGCUCUGGCCCUUCCGCUCCCCGUGCUUUCGCUCAGUUUCUCCCGAUCCCCACGCCUUCGUCGGAGUAACGAGCUACCCAGAGGCCUGAAUCGGGUGCCAGGGCCGGGGUGAGCGCUAGCUGGGGAGAGGAUGGCCUCGGAGAGUGUGGCAUCCACGUCAGGGCGCGGGCGGCCCCCAGCCUUUCAUCUCUCGGCUUUCUCGCUUUCUCCGGGGGAGGCUCGCACGUGUUGAGCGUACCCUGUGCACCGAGAGUAACAACACACGUUCUCAUUCAUUCCUGACAGCGGCACUUCCAGGUAGUAGAUGGGUAUUAAUAGACUGUAUUCUGGAGGAGGAAUCUGAGGCUCGGAUUAUGGAAUUUGUCCAGACUCCACAAUGCUGGGAUUAUGAGCUCAAGCCCGUCUGACUCCAAAGGGCUUUUCAUUGAAGUGUACGGUAGGGUAAUUUCCGCUUAGCUUUUGUGCGCACACGCGCCGGGCCAUGGAACGGUCACCGUCAGUAACGGCCUAGCGCGGUGUCUUUCAUAGCAGGCCCCCGAUAGCAGCUGGAGCUUCUCCAAUUAACUAGUCUGAAACAUCCACUGCCAGGAUACUGGUAAAGAGAACGAGGAAGUAGCCUCAGGGUUUCACGGGUGGUUGAAUGGUUUUUAGAAACACUAGGAGCUCAGGGGAAUGGGCUGGUGGGGGGCAAGGGCAGGGAGGAAGCUCUUGAUUUAGGUAUUUGUGGAGGCUUCAAAAAGGGCUUCAGUGUCACUCAAGGCAGUUAAUGGGUCACAGGAGUUGAGACUGAUUAGCCUUAAAAAGACCAGGGUGAGGGGUAGUGGGUGAGUGAGAGCAGUUGAAUAAUGUGCUUUUCAGGCCAGGAUGCGUGGAGUCCUACCAUCAGUGUUCUCACUGCCUUCCAUGCCCAACAUUUUUGUCCAGGUGAAACCUGCUUAUAAUAAUUAGCAUACUUCAAAAAGUUCACGGACAGAUUUGUAUUAUCUUUCAAUUUUAUUUUUUCCAUGAAUUUUCUGAAGUACCCUCAGAUCAUUGUAGUCAGCAUUUGUUGAGCUCUGUGUCCUGGGCACUGCUUUCAAGUGCUUUACUUAAUCCUCACAAACAACCCCAUGAAGUAGGUUUUAUUAUUAUUCUCAUUUUACAGGUGGGGAAAAUGAGGCACAAAGCUAAGUCACUUGCUGAACUGGUUUUGAACCCUAGCAGUCUGGCUAAAGGCCACACUCACUCAUUCACUAAACUAAACAGCACUUAAAAUGAUGAGAACGUCAGGCUUGAAGGUAAAAAGCUGGCACAGAUGGCAAAGAAGUGUGUCCUUUUCCUUGGCGAGGGCAGGUUAGAAACUCAUGGCUGGCUGUGUGUAUAUUAACUCUCAGACUUCUCUCUAGCCAGUGGUUCCAGAUUUCUGGGUUUGACAGAAAAAACAAAACAAACAAAAGCCAAGUUCCCACAAAGAGUUGCAGCUUUUAAUUUAUGCUCCCUGAGAAAAUUCAAAACACACCUACCAUCUGUUAUCACCAUCAUUUCAAAAGAAAAUACAUUUUCAUUCUCAAAAUAGGAACAACACCUGAAUCAAAAACAGUCAUUCUCAAGGAAGGACAAUCGGUGACUUUACACCAAUGAACAGGCAUUACUUUGUCUUUAUUUUUUCAUUGUGCUAUGGACUAGUGAAAGUGUCACCCUGGGGAUGACAGUGCCUCUAAUCCUGUUGCAUCAUUUGAGGGCAGAACUAGGGCUUUAGGUGUAGCAGGAGGGAGUUAGGUUACAGCCAAGAAAGAACUCUCUUUGGAGGUCUUUAAAGAACAGGUGAGUAUCAUGUUUGUUAAGGAUGUGAGGGUUUCAGAAUCAUUUCCAUGGCAUGGAGGGGGCAGUAACUAUGGGCCUCACUUUGGAGAAGGGCAGAGUGCGGACCUUUUCUGAGGGAUCUGUUCUUAGGUUCACCAACGUAGUGUUGGAACCUAAAACAACAAUCCCCACAGGGCAGCCAUUUCCUGCGCAGAGUUCAUGGGACAUGAUGGGUGAUUCCAUAGCAGUGAGGAGGCUUCUGGGGACCUCUACUUAUCCCUCAUCUCAGAGAGUCCAUGUGGUCACCCACCUUGGGGCUGGGUAGAGUGCCAGGAAUGACCUUUGAGGAGGGCUGAGGAUGGAAGAGAGGACAGGAAGAGAAUGGCCGCCCAGGAGUUCCAUGCCUGCAGCCGAGGGUGUGAUGGGCCAAGGCUCUGAGGUGGCAGGCCUGGCUGGCCUUGGAGAUGGUGCUGCCCUGUUGCCCCACCUCCCUCCACCCCAGGUGCAGCCAAGGACCCAGAGCCUUCUGUCCCAGUUCUCCUCUAACAGGUGCUCAAAGCCAGGCAGAUGAAGCCUUGUUUUGGUGCAACUGUGCUCAGCCCUGGCUCUGGGCCUGAUUCUAGCUUGGGGCUUGCCAUCUCCCUGUUCACCAGAGAGUGAGGCCGGAGGGAGUGGGGAGACUAGUGGGGAGGAGAUAAGGGUCUGGUCUCACCUGCCCCAUCCUAGUGGUAGAGAUCAAGGCCUCCGAAAGUGGGUUCCCAUAUUCUGGGGUGGUAGCAUUUUCUGACUCCAGAGGAUGUCUCAAUCCUCAUCUGCCCUGUGGGGAGGCUGGGGGGUGGUACUCCCAGAUUUAGGCCUCCCAUAGCUGAAAGACACAGACCUAACCACAUUUUAAUCUUGGAGUUUUAGAAUGGUGAAUCUUGAUGCCCUCGGGUUACCAAUGCAGAAAAUGAGACCCAGGCAAGGCCAGUCCCUCCUGGGUCACUCUGGUUAGAUGGGCCCCAGUUUCCAGACUCUCUGUCAUUGUUCCGUCCCCAAAUUCUCAAAUGACAGAAGAUGACUUAAGUAUUAAGUGCUGGACUCCGUGCUGGAUGCUGGAGACACAAAGACAACUGUCUUCAAGAGCUUUUCAUGAGACAGGUAAACUCCAGAACAACAUGCAGAUGCUGGAAAAUUAUGGAUUUGCCUCAAGACUUCUGUACAACAUUAUAAGGUGCUCCCCUCCUUUUCAUCUUCCAGUGGGGCAGAGGUCCCUGCCUGAAGAAACAGCCUGAAGUCCAGGGCUAGGUCUGUGGUGGAAAGAUCAAAGGUGGGAGGGCCAGAGAAGUGAAGGAACAGAGCCGCCAGUGGGCACACCCCAAACACCCCUCCUGAGAAUGAACCUUUGCUGCCCUCUACUGGAGGAAAGGCAGCAUUGAGAUGCCUGCUGGGGCCCCACCAACCUGGCUCCCCUAAAUAAAAAGGGAUGUGAAUGACUCUCCUGCCCUGCAUUUUUGGUCCCUUAAAGUCUCAGGCAUCAUCUCCUGCAGCCUCUAAAGCUGCACCUCCUUUUAAGCACCUCUGGCUGCCCCAUUUCCCAACCACCACCCUCCAGGCCAUCUCUACAGUUUCCUUUGUUGCCUGGAUUCCGAAUCUGGUACCUUGGUUCUUGGCCCUGCCAGAGUUCUGGUUCCGGAAGGUUCCUCCCAGGUGCCUUGGGCCGAGCUCACCCGGGCACGAGGCACUGCUGAAGACAUGGGCAAGUGCAUUCCCCGAUGCCUGGGGCAACUGGACAUCCGCAAAAGUGUAGUGAGCCUGGCCAUGGGUGCUGGGGCCGUCUACCUGCUCUACAAGGCCAUCAAGGCUGGCAUAAAAUGCCAACCGCCCCUGUGUACCAACUCUCCCAUCUGCAUCGCCCGUGAGUGUGCGGGCCCUGGGGAGAGGGCUCUGCCCCAGGAGGUACCUGCUCCCGAGGCCUCCACUGUGGGAGGGCCCAAAGGCCUGGCAAUCGAGCGAGAGCGGCACGGGCGGGACUCAGGUGAGAUCCGGAGGCUCCUCAACUCUUUGGAGAGCAAACAGGAUGAGUACGCCAAGAGCAUGAUCCUGCACAGUAUCACUCGCUGUGUGUACUUGCUGGAGGCCGAGGCCUCUGCUUGUACUACUGAUGACAUCAGGCUGGUGGGCUACAUGCUGGAUGACGAGGACAACAGUGUCAAAAUCCAAGCUCUGAACACACUUAAAGCUUUCUCUGGCAUCAGAAAAUUCAGGCUCAAAAUCCAGGAACACUCCAUCAAGGUACUGGAACUGAUCUCCACCAUAUGGGACAUGGAUCUGCAUAUUGCGGGCCUCAGACUCCUCAACAGCCUUCCACUACCUGACUAUGUGCAUCCGCAGUUGCGACGGGUGAUGCCUGCCUUGAUGGAGAUCCUGCAGUCAGAAUAUAUCCUGGCACAGGUGCAAGCCCUAAGACUGCUGAGCUACCUGGCACAAAAGAAUGACCUUCUCUAUGACAUUCUCAACUGCCAGGUGCACUCCAACUUCCUGACCCUAUUCCAGUCCACACAGCCGGGGAGUCUGUUGUUCGAGGUACUGGUGUUUGCUGAGCGGCUGAGUGAGGGCCGGAAUGCACCCCACUACCGUGCUGUGAAAUGGCAUUACAAUGAACGGUCCCUGCAUGAAGCCCUCUUUGGGGAUGAGUCACGACUGGCAGACCGUCUGCUUGCCCUGGUCAUCCACCCUGAGGAGGAUGUUCAGAUCCAGGCCUGCAAAGUCAUAGUCAGCCUGCAGUGUCCCCAGGACGUGGGAGCCCGGCCCUCCUCAUGCCAGCCCAGUCAUUCCUACUUUAGAAACGGGGAGUAAAAUUAAGGAGAUGCAAUAAAUGAGUAUGAGAGAGAAGCUUGAGGCUUCUUGAA